GCCGGUCAGACACAACUCUAAUUCAGACCUUUGUACCAGAACUACUCGCGAAGAUGGUUGAAGUCGCACCUACCGCAGCUGCUGCCGCCGCACCGGCCAAAGCAACGAAGAAGAAGCCGGCAGCCAAGCCGAAGAAGGUUGGACCCAGUGUCGGCGAGCUGAUCGUCGAGGCCGUGUCUGCAUCCAAAGAGCGCAGCGGAGUUUCCCUGCCCGCACUGAAGAAGUCCUUAGCCGCUGCCGGCUAUGACGUGGAGAAGAACAACUCCCGUGUCAAGGUCGCCGUGAAAAGCUUAGUGGCAAAGGGUACCCUGAUCCAGACCAAGGGCACCGGAGCGUCCGGUUCCUUCAAAGUCAGCAAGGAGGCGAAGAAGCCAGCCGCUAAGAAGGCUGCUGCACCUAAAGUGAAGAAGCCCGCAGUCAAGAAACCUGCUGCCGUUAAGAAGGCUACCCCAAAGAAAGCCAAGAAGCCCGCUGCUAAGAAGCCUGUGUCAGCUAAGAAGGCGACCCCGAAAAAGGUAAAGAAGCCAGUUGCUGCCAAGAAAUCACCGGCCAAGAGCCCGAAGAAGGUCGCCAAGAGCCCUAAGAGGGCAGCAAAGCCCGUGGCUAAGAAGUCUCCUGCAAAGAAGGCAGCCAAGCCCAAGAUCGCCAAGAAGGCAGCAUCCAAGAAGAAGUAGAUCACCCAAGUGUUCCAUCAAAAAGGCUCUUUUAAGAGCCAACCACUCAACUUUAAGAGCAAAUGUUCUGUCCACUCUUGUAGCAUCUCCUACUCCUGUCCUACUUUCUCUCUUACUUUCUCUCUUACAGGCGGAUAGCCACGCAGUACGUUUUUUUGCGUGAUCAACAAUGCAAUUGUGAAAGUUAUUGAAAGAUCAGAAUCUGCGAUACGUAACAAUCCUGGACAUUACAAAAGGACGGCUACGGUCAUAAUGCCUUUUUUCUACACGUCCGUUGACAUUCACUCUGAUCCUGCUUAUUUUGUCAUUACUAAUACAUAAUUGUGUGGUAUGAAGAAUGAAUGAAUUAUAUUAUGUUUAUAAUAUAAUAAGAUUGAAGUUGGUAUUUGGAUUAUAGAAGUGUAACGGCAUUGCUCUCAUACUAUAUCUCAAAUCAGGAAUCUAGGUUGUUGAAAUAUCAUGGCCAUUGUCCUACAGCUACUCAAAAGUUUAAACCCAGGAUGACAUGUAGUCCUGAACACCAUUCCUACCCCAGGCGGCCAACAUUCAUUCUGCUCCUGGAGUUAUUGUCUCGAACCCGGGAUAUGGGCACGGCAGCUGAGACCAAGGGUAUUGUAUUGGUCCUCGAUGGGUGGCAGAAAAAUGUGAUGCACUUAAAGUUUGCACUUUAAUAGUGAGAGAAUGCAUGGGCGUCCUCUCUGAUGGGUGCCACUCGCUCCAACAUCCAAUUAAACUAAUCAUAUAAUAAUAUAUAACAAACGAUUUGAUCAAAUGUUAUAAAAUAGGACCAGCACAGAGUUUCACCUCAUUUUUCCACCCUCAUAAAUCUACUAUUACUUUUCCAUUAUCUAUUAACUAAAUGAUAUGCAAAUAUUCUUUUAUAAUAAAUAUAGGCCUACAGAUAUGUUUCAAAUUGGUUAGGUACAGAAUAAAAAAAUCCGCGCUCAAA